GGGCGUGCAAGAGAGCCGACGCCGACGCCUGGCGUCGGUUCUCGCCCUAGCGGCCACCGCAACGCCGGCUAGUCGUCAGUGUGCCGCGUAUCGUCGGACGUGCAUCGUGUCGGUCGAGUCGCGCUCGUGUGCGAGCAAUCGAGACAUGUGAUUCGAGUCUGUCGUGAUCUCGGAGAAGGAUGAAGUAGAAAAAUGACGAGGAGAUAUCCCACGGUCAUAGACGGCCUAAAGUGAGUCAAGAAGCACGCGAGGAUUCUCUACGGAGGCAAGAUCGGUCGAUGUAACGUUGGAUCCAUGACAUUCUUAUGUGGAUAUAUCCUAUAAAAUUUUUUUCGAAUUGAUAUCUUUUCCGAUAAUCGAAUCCCACGAAUGGAAGGUUCGCGGCAUUCGAAGAGACAUUCCGGAAAUCAGACGCGGCGUGACAUUUUCCACGAAGGAAGGAAAUCGUGCAAGAAUUACGAUAAAAAAAGUGUGGAAUUACGGUAAAGCAGUGCCUGACACAGUCGAGUAAUACAAAUCGUUAUACUUUGUGUUUAAUAAGUGAAGUAUAAGGGCUUCACUUACAUUUACGAAGCCACAAGCAAGAUUCAAUAUCAGUAAUCUGCGGAGGAUUUGCGCAAUUAUCGAGAAAUUUGAAGAAGAUAAUCAUCAAUACAAGGUAAAAGAUUUGUGGUGAUCAGUGUUUUUAGGAAGGGAGGGACAGUGGUGGCUGUGAUAACUUGAAAGAAUGGCGGAAGACUAUUUUCGUCGGAAAACCAGAUCGGCUUCGAUUUGUGCCCCAGGAUUUUCCAGCAUGGAGAAAAUGUUGGAGGCUAUGCCACCCUCGGGAGUUCGUGAUCGGGAAAGAGGGGAACGGGAAAGAGACAGCGGCAGCGGAACUCCGGAUAGCAGUACACCUACGAGAAGACGGAGACCGGCUACAAGAUCCCAAAGCGCCCGUGUUUCCGGCGGAAAUAAAAGCAUCCGACGUCGUGCCACCGCUCAAGCCGCCGCUCAUCAUCAUCACCAUCAUCAGGAGAGCGGUAUGAAGUCAGCUCACUGCAGUAGCGAGCCCAGACUGACCGAGAAUGACGUCAGUCCGGGAAUCAGGAGACGAGGGAGCCGAAGGGGACAGAGCAUGCACCAUACGCACCAGAGGAAGAGCAACGCCUUCCUGGAUGUGCCUGACGUCUCGUCUCAGAUGCCACCGCGGGAGGAAGGCGAGGACGAGGAUAGUUACAGACUUCGUAGCUUCAGUCUCACCAGCAAAGGUGGUGUCGUCAAUAGAGGAGAUUCCUUUAGGAGAAGAAGAUCGAGAUCAAAUUCUCUGGCGCCUGCUGAUCAGGAAAAUGUGGAACGACGACUGCCGCCCAAGGAAGUAGCUUCGCACACCGUCGCUAUGUUAGGUAUAAGGGGAGUUGGAAAAACGGCCCUUAUCAGUCAGUUUAUGACCAGCGAGUGUAUAAACGCCUACGAUAGACCAAAAGAUGUGCCAAGUGAGCAAUCCGUUUUUGUGAUGCUCAAUGGUGAAGAAAGUGAGCUUAAAUUCUUAAACAUAACUAAUCUUAAGACCGAAUUGGAAAAAAUGCCAUUGCCAGACGCUUUUGUCGUAAUGUAUUCAGUAAUCGACAAGGCGUCCUUUCAAAGGGCCGAGGAAUAUCUCGCUCGACUUCACGAUCAAGAUCUUCUUCGUGCUAGACCGGCUAUUCUGGUCGGGAACAAGGUCGAUUUGGUUCGUUCCAGAGUGGUUUCGCCCCAGGAUGGAAAAUGUUUGGCGUGCACCUACCGAGCGAAAUUCGUCGAAGUGUCGGUGGCUAUCAAUCACAACGUCGACGAGCUUUUGGUCGGUAUACUCAACCAGAUCCGUUUAAAAGUGGUCCAGGAGAAUCGAAACAGCGGUGGCAGCGAAGGUAGCGCUCAUUGGUACAAAUCCAGAGGCGUCGUGCGCGCCAGCAUGAAAGCCAGGCAGAUGCUGACCUGGCUCUUCGGCAAGGAGGAUAGUAAAUUCAAGAAUUGCGAAAACCUCCACGUACUUUAAAUUUCUACGAUAAAAAAAAGAACGUCGCAGUUGGGCUGCCCGACUUCUGUUUUAUUAGUACGUAAGUAUAACAUGACUUGAGCAACUUCCUUCUCGACGGGAACUUUAAGUUAGAGUUCGAGAGUUGAAGGAAUUUCCGCGCGUCGAGAAAGGAUCGUGAGAAUGUAGCCUGAAUGUGUGCGGAGCGGAUGCAUCUUUUGAGUCAACAAUAUGUACGUAGCUUAAAGUUAUUUUAGAAUCAAACAUCAAGUCUUCGCUACUGAUAGUGUUUGCGAGAGUAUUUCGUAAUCCUGUAGGAAGGGCGAAUUGGUCCGUGGACCAAAAUGGAUAUAAUUAGCAUCGGGUUAACAAAGUGCCAAUUAGUGAAAAUUAACGCGCACGGUGUAUGGGGACGAGAAAAUGUCACUCGAUUCCACGGUCGUUUAACUAGAAUUACCUCGUGAGAAAUGUAAGUUAUUAACCGGCCAUUUCAGUCUCAGGUGUGACUGAGCGUUGCUUAUCAGCAUCUUUUUCGAGAUAAAUUUCUUCGCAGUCACUUCUUUCGAAAGAUGAAAUAGUGCUAUUAAAUUACUCAUUGAAAUCUUUUGAACAACAAAUUUGGCAUUGAAGAAAUUGAUGUUCCGACAAAUUUUUGUUACGCAUUUCUCGUAGCUUGUUCUAUCCGAUCGUACACUUUUCGUUAGUAUUCUACACUUGUUAAAGAGGAAACUCUAGCAAAUAGGUAUUUAAAUGGCGCGUAUUAAUUUUAUGUAAUUACGAGUAGCAUUGAAUUUGGCAGCCCUCAAUAAUAUAGUCAAAAGUUCAAAUCGAUAUCGUGACGAUAUGAAAAAGAAUCAAACUGGACCAUGGCGCGAACUAGUCGCCAUUAAGUUAACGAAUUUAUUGUAUAAUGAUGAAACCGGUUAAUCUUUUUUUUAUUUUUAUUUUAGUACAUGUAUAUAACGAAACAUACGUAUAAGCGUAUACUUGUGCAAGCAUCUGUACGUGUACAUCCUUAAUUCCCUGUUGACCGGUGUCGAUUCUAUCACCUGACGGCAUUAUAUCAACGACGGCAUUUGUAAACAAAAUACCGCCGUUACCCUCGCGUCGUUAAAUUGGCUUGCUAGUGCCAUUAAUUUCUCGCGUUCCAAUGGGCUUUUCGCAGUCCAUUAAUGAGCAUAAGGCCAGAACUUGAUGCAGUAUGCUAAUGUUACUUGACAUUAAGUUGUACAUAAAAGUCAUGAGGUUACUUUGCUAUCUAACGUGUUUGUUACGGUUAGAAAAAGUAUAAUGUAAAGCUGCCUAUAUAUGUUGCUAAGAUGUUUCCUACGCUAUCGAGCAGAUCUAUACGUUGCGCGUGCGUGAAUAAUUUUGAUCAUCUGUAUUUCAAAGUAGAUAAUUACAUCGAUUGCAAAUUUUAAUUCCAGAUACGUUGAAAGUUAUCAUACAAUCGCGUAACUUAAGUGACUUUUAACUAGCGGUUUGAGGUCUGACUCUGUAAAUUCCUUAAUCGAAUAUUCUAUCAAUUAUUUUGUAAUCCGCUAUUUUGUACCGAUAUGUGUGAUACCAAUAUUGAUAUAGUACAUAAUUUAUGUGCGGCAUUUUGUGUGCAAUGUUCUGCCGCAAUGAAAAUGAAAUGCAUUAUGUUGCGUGUUAUCCUUGCGCGCGCCGCGGGAAACAGGAUGGGUACAGCGGCGGCGUAAUGUACCCGAAAAACUGUAGUCUUCUGAAGAGAGAUAUCCUUUUCGAAUCUUUAAGGAGAGUGUCUAUAAAAGCUGUCUAUUUUCUGCGAUCUCUAUGCCCGUGUAUCCGAAUUAUACGAAUGUAGCGUAAAAUCUGAGUGCGUAGAACUGGUGCACUAAAUACCGGGAACAAUGCGCGAAUGACCAACUUUACCCUCGUCGUAUGAACGUUUCAUUGUCCCUAGACUACGUAUAAGAGAAAUUAACGUUUCGGAUUACAGUAAUAAAUUAUGGACUUUCCUUCCCUCGUUGUAUGAAUAUUUUUAAAGAUAUUUUGACUUUUGCUGAUCCACGAAUAAAAUUCUAAAAGUUCUUUCUGGCAUUCGUCGUUAUCGCCGUUAUCAUUGUCGUGUUAAUUAAUUCGAUCGUAGCAUCAAAUGUGAGUUGUGACGAACACACUGUGUGAACUUUGAGUUUAAGGACUUAUCCUGAAAAGUUUCUCGGUCGAGAGACGGAAAAUUUUUACCAAGUGCCUUUGCGUAUUUUUGUAAUUUAAGCUAACUCAGUGUAAGCCCCAUGAGUAUCGCACUGUAUAAUCUAUUAUUAUACAUAUAUUAUCGAUAUAUUUAUUUGUUGUUAAUUCAUUAUAUCACCUGCGAAAUUGCCGUCUUGUACGCUCUCGGUGGCGUAACUUUCUUUCUUAAAAAUAUGAAUUAUUAUGAGCUCAGUUUAAAAUUUAUUAAAAUGCCAAGUUAAGAUAAGUUUACUUCCGUCUAAUUAAAGACACAUUUAAAGUUACGUCACCGAUAAAUUUCCUUGUUUAUUCGUGCCAUUAGCACAUCUCCCGAAAGCUAUGAAUGUAACUUAGUUAUUAAAAUGUCAUUGUGUCUGCUCGCUGUAAUACGUGACGUGACAAUACUGCCAGUCCUUUUGGUUAAUAAAAUGCUUAUAAAAAA